AUGAAAAAUGUGCCGACCUCUGUCACCUGCGAAUUCUCGGGAAUAUCACAGCCAUUAAAUUCAGGGUGUGCUCACCAUUUUGACAAAGCUAAGAACUGCUGCAAUGAGUGCCAAGCAGGCUUCCAUCUCUCAACUCCAUGUACCGCGGAGAAACCCGUGCAAUGCAAACCUUGCGGAGAAGGCGAGUACCUGGACCACAAUAAUUCUCAGACAGAAUGCUUGAAACAGAUCGAGUGUGAUCAAAUGAAGAGAUUUGAAGUUCUCCGUAAAGGAGAUUCAGUGACUGCUACACAAUGCACAUGUAAGGCAAAUUACCACUGCUCCCAGGACUGUGAAUAUUGUCUCAGGGACAAUCCCUGUUCCCCAGGGUCUGAAGUGAAAGAAAAAGUUAUCCUGGGCAACAGUGUAAAGCCAGCCCUUGUAAGUAAGCGAGCAUCGUGGGUCAUCAAGGACAUCCAUAAAGGCUCCAGCUCGAAGCACAGCCUUCCAGGAGGUAUAUCAGAGCCGCACAGGAGAUACUGUGAUUUAAUGCUAGAACUUACGAUCGCAAAGCGCAUAAGAGAGUCAGAUGUAUCCACUGAUGUUUCCUGUGGCUACUUCAGUGUUGAGCUGAAAUCCAAAUGGAUUCAGGAAUUUGAACAUGUAAACAGGAAAUCUGAUACCAGGUGCAGACCAUGUCCUGCGAUGCAUUUUUCAAAUGAGACUUCAUUUACAGUGAAAUGUAAACAAAUGACCAAUUGCACACUCCUUGGACUAAUGGAGAAAGUACCUGGCAACGCUACGGCUGAUGCUGUGUGCAUCGAAUUUGCUGCAUCAACAUUACUCAGUUCAGAUGAUACAAUGUUGACCAUUGUUGUGGGCCUUGCAUGUGGAUGUACAAUGCUUGCAGUGUUUAUCUGUGCCAUAAUAUCCCACAGAAAGACUCUGACAACUUUAACAGAUUCUGUUCAACUAAGAUUUGCUAAUGCCUGGUGCAGUAUUAGCGGGAGAAAGAGAAAUGAGGGAUAUCCUCCUUUGAAUCCAGUGAUUAAAGCUGAUGACCAUAAUUGGGAUCCGGAGAGCAAGUUAUUUCUGCAACAUAAAAAUCUGGUGGAGAAAACUGAUCAAAACAAUGGUUCCAUAUUCUGUACAUUAGCAGAAUGUCCAGAUUGUAACCCUCUGUGGAAUCCUUACUGCGGAGGUGAGACCCUGUCGACUACCAAACUUUCCCCAAAGAUCCCAAAGGAAAUUCCAGAUGUUGCAAAAUAUAUUAGAAGUGAAGGAGGAGGUUCCAACACAAUUGUUGUGGCCAAUGGGAACAGUGGAACUUCACUAAACCCUCUGAUGUCUGUGGGCUAUGAGAUGGAGGAGUCAAUUCACAGUGACUCAUCCACAUUAGAAGUCAGAAACAGUGUCUGUCCCUUCAGAAACGGCCAAAAAAAAGGUCCAGCCUCGGACAGUACAAUUCUGUUGUGCUCUACUCAAUCAGGCAUAUACUGUACUCCAAAGCAUGAUUGUAAUUUGUAUUGUCAAAGUAACUCUUCCAGCUCUACCCAGAAGGCUGAGAACAUUGAUAGACUUGAUUCCAGCAACUAUAGUUCUGCCCAAACCAAUCCGGGUGAUGAAAAUAGACACGAUUCAGCAAAUUCAGUGCCAACGGGCUUUUCACGUGGAAGUAACAUGAAGUAUAAUACCAGUGGCCAGUCAGUAUCGAGUGCUGGUGGUUCAGUCAUUUUCAAUGUAAUUGUCAAAGUGAAAAAUGGUACAGAUGAGGGCAACAAAGGAGGUGUAAAUGAUAGAACAAAAAUUGCCACAGAAAACAAAGACAAAGGAGAAAAUUUUAGAAGAAUUCACAGGUUCUCUGACAAAGAGGAGAAAUCAGGCAGUAUGUGGUGUUUUGAAACAGACACAGGAUUGCCUGUUAUGUCUUUCCCCGUGCAAGAAGAACAAACUAGUCUUACUGACCAUCAAGUCAACUUUCCCAUUCAAGAGCAAAUAAAGAGCAGGCAAAGCUUGGAAGAACCUUCGGUCCUUACUGAUGGAACAGUAAACCAGGAAUGUUGCUGCCAUUCCAGAUUAAACACCUUUCCUAUGCAAGAAGAUGGAAAAUCAGAACAUUUACCAAAAGAGGAAGAAAAUCAAUGA